AUGAUCGCCAAGAUUGACACGGAGCCGCCGACCUACCUUCAGGCGGCCCAAAUCCAUCCUCGCGCAAAGGAAGUGAUUGAAGAAGUAGACGGCUACUUUCUCAAGCAUUGGCCUUUCCCGGGGAAGGAAGCCAGACAAAAGUUCAUUGCUGCUGGGUUUUCUCGGGUGACAUGCCUGUAUUUUCCGAAAGCGCUUGACGACAGAAUUCACUUUGCCUGUCGGUUGUUGACCAUUCUCUUCUUAGUUGACGAUCUCUUGGAACAUAUGUCCUUAGAGGAUGGAGAGGCGUACAACAAACGACUUAUGGAUAUCGCUCGGGGAGAUGUCCUACCUGAUCGCACUAUCGCGGCGGAGUACAUUUUCUACGACCUCUGGGAGAGCAUGCGUGCACAUGACUUGAAGAUGGCGAAUGACGUACUUGAGCCUGUCUUUGUUUUCAUGCGAGCUCAAACGGAUCCUACUCGUCUGAAGCCUAUGAAUCUGGAUGAAUAUCUUCAGUAUAGGGAAAGGGACGUGGGGAAGGCUCUUCUUGGGGCGCUCAUGAGGUUCUCUAUGGCUCUCGAAGUGACUCCCCAAGAGCUCGCCGUCGCACGACCGGCAGAUAUGACAUGUUCUAAGCAUCUGUCCGUGAUCAAUGACAUCUGGAGCUACGAGAAGGAGUUCAUCGCGUCCAAGACGCUCCACGACGAAGGCGGGGUGUUAUGCACGUGCGUUAGCAUCAUGUCCAAAGACACCGACCUCCGAAUCCCAGCUGCCAAGCGGAUCCUGUACAGCAUCUGCCGCGAAUGGGAACUGGUUUUUAAGCGGGAGGUUGCCGAAAUACUAAACCAGUUCCCUACUCCUUCGCUGCAGGCAUACCUAGACGGGCUUGAGCUGCAGAUGUGCGGAAACGAACUUUGGAGCCGAACAACGUUGCGAUACUUGGCACCGGAAUAA